UCCAUGCGGCGUCCGUCGAUCUUCUGUCAACAAUCCACGCAUGGACGGGAACAACCAACGAAUGUGCCGUCGCACAUAUGCGGCAACAGCGCAUUCGCGAAGACAGCGUCUCUGCCUUCAAAGGAUGGCGGGUGCUUGUAUGCAAGUUGAGCCAUGGACCGUUACGGUCUGUCAGAAAACCCUAACCGCCUGCUUCAGACAAGAGCAGGGGCCAGGAGAACUCAAUAUCUGUUGGCCUCUUCCGCACUCGGCAACCUCCAAAAAAGAGUGCCACUGGCGACGGGAUUACGCGAACGUUCCCUGCAGUACAAGUCCGCGUGUGGGUAUCUCGACGCCAACAACGUAGUCGGUCGGAGGGACGGAAGGACGUAUACGAGCGGGCUGUAUCCGGAAGACGUAGGUAAACUCGAAUGGAGCGGACAGAUCCGAAGGAUGCAGGCGUACCUGAAGGUGCGGGCGUACCCGAAAGUGAGAUGUAAAAGCGAGGCUCGGGGCGGGACACUCGGAAGGCAGCAGCCGGGAAGAUGGAAGAGGAAGCAGAAGAAGACGGGUCAACGAGAAGGAUGGAAGGAUGUGCUUCCACCUCCUCCCCGCCCCUUCCACAGCCUCCUUCACCCACCCAUUUGCACAAUGGCCAAGACAUCGGGGGACAUGCGAAUAAGGGUGCCUGUAAGCAACAUUGCCAUGGACCAUGCGGUCUGUCAGAAGAACUUCCGAAGAAGCCUCCAUAUCGCAGGCAUCUUCCACUCUCAUCUCCCUGAACAGGGUGACACUGGUGGCGGGGAUACGGCGAACCGUUUCCCUUGCUGACAGGUGCUCAUCGCGAAGCAUUUUUUGGCGGGCAGACGGAGGAGGAAGCGAGAAGGGGGAUGGAUGAGA